UACAAAACCACAACGCUGAUAUACAGAGCCUCAUAAAGACCAUAGGAAGCCUUAUGAUGGAGCCUGGGUCUGCAGUGAGUGCUGUGAGGAGCCAGAGGGUUCUGUAUGGUAAAGAGGUCAGGCCUGCUCUCAUCAUCAUCAAGGACGGGAAGAUCCACAACAUUCUGCCUGAUCCUGGUGAUACUCUUUACACUGCUGGAGAGGUGCUGGAUGUGGGGAACAGUUUGGUGAUGCCGGGUAUAGUUGACUGUCACGUGCAUGUAAACGAGCCUGGUCGCACCACCUGGGAGGGGUACUGGACGGCCACGCGGGCCGCAGCUGCUGGUGGGGUGACCACCAUUGUUGAUAUGCCCCUCAACAGUAUCCCACCAACCACCACUCUUAGCAACUUCCAUGAGAAGCUGCAAGCAGCAACGGGUCAGUGUUUUGUGGAUACAGCAUUCUGGGGUGGGGUUGUCCCUGGCAACCAGAUGGAGUUGCGGCCUAUGGUCCAGGCUGGUGUCGCUGGGUUUAAAUGUUUUCUCAUUCACAGUGGAGUGGAUGAGUUCCCUCACGUGACUGACAAUGACUUACACACAGCCAUGAAACAGCUCCAGAAUACUGGAAGUGUCCUACUGUUUCAUGCAGAGAGGGAGAUUCAACAGCCAGUGGCAGAAGAUGGAGAUCCCUCUGAAUACUCCACCUUUCUGAGGUCCAGGCCGGACAUCAUGGAGUUAGAGGCCAUCCGUACUGUCGCUGAGCUCUGCCUACAGUACCAGGUACGAUGCCACAUCGUACACCUCUCCUCUGCCCAGCCGCUGCAGAUCAUCCGGGCUGCACGUCAAGCAGGCGCCCCCCUCACCGUGGAGACCACCCAUCACUACCUGAGCCUCUCUGCAGAGGACAUUCCUAUCGGGGCCACUCAGUUUAAGUGUUGCCCACCGAUACGAGGCAUGGCCAACCAGGAGCAGCUGUGGUCUGCAGUGAAAGCUGGUGACAUUGACAUGGUCGUGUCAGAUCAUUCACCCUGCACACCUGAUCUCAAACGUUUGGACAGCGGAGACUUCAUUCAAGCUUGGGGCGGGAUAUCCUCCCUUCAGUUUGGUUUGUCACUGUUUUGGACCUCUGCAUCUAAAAGGGGCUUCACGUUGGCUGACGUGGUGAGACUCUUGUGCAAAGAGCCUGCCCAACUCUGUCGCCUUGACAACCAGAAAGGGAACCUCUCUCCAGGGUAUGAUGCUGACUUAGUCAUCUGGGAUCCAGAGAAAGAGUUCAAGGUGAAAGAAGAAAACAUACAUCAUAAAAAUAAACUCACACCCUACCUGGGGCUGACCCUGCGUGGGGAGGUGCAGGCAACUAUAGUCAGAGGAAGAGUAGUGUACACCUCUGGCUCCUUUAGCCCUCAGCCUCUGGGCAAACACCUCCUUGUUAACCAUGCCAAGACCCAUGCUGCACUAUGAAGCCUAACAAUACCUGAAUGAUAUUGUUAUAAUGCUUCAAUACCACUGCGCAUGUAACUGAUUAAACUGUAAUUAUAAUGUCAAAUGUGACAAUAUUAAACAAUAAAACUAGACAUAGAAGA